CAAAAAUAGAAAUAUGCAAUUGGUUGUGUAUACAUAUAUGUAUUAUAUAUGCAGUUGAGAAUUAGUUCCUAUAUGCCAAGACCAUUCAGCUGUCUUUAAAGACUGAACACUGCGUGCAAUUAGUGGUAGUAUCGAUGUUAGUCGAAAAUUUGGUGGCAAUAUUCAACAAUAAAAGUGUGAAAUGUCAGGAGAUAGCACUGAUUCUGAGGAGUUUUUUGAUGCUGAAGAUGACAGUUUUCAUCGGAGUUCAAGAAAAAGUAAACCAAGAGAAUCCAUAUCUGGAGAUUCUAACAAAUAUGAAAAGUCACUAACGUCAAUUAGUUUACCAGAUGAAUCUGACGUUUUUGUAAAGCCCCCAGACCCAAAACCGCUUGUGGUAACUAGUAACUCAUCAGAAGACAAAAAAACAAGUGGUCAUGUAGAGAAAUAUGAAAAUGAUGUUAAAAUACUAUCAUCAUCUGAUAAGAUUGUUGGACGACGGAGAUUCCGUGAGCUCCGACAAAGGAUGCAAACAGAAGAUGAUGAUAUUCCAGUUAAUAAUUCACCACCUGAUAGUCAGACAUCAUCGAUUGAAGGAGUAUAUCCUACGCCAUCAAAAACAUCACAUCCAUUCCGUAUAAUUGAGCAUGAUACUCUUAGCCUUCAAAGUAUGACGUCAUUGGGUCGAGUUGGAAGAAUAUUAGCUGGAGGAUCCGAUACUACAUCUAACAUAGUAAUACCUGGCGUUUCGUGUCCACUCUCAUUAUCACGCGAUACUCAAAUGUCAUUUGUAGGAAAUAUUCCUAAUAAAGAUGAAGAUACAAAGUCAGAGAGAAUUUCACAGUCGUCUAGUAUACUCACAUUAUCUGGAGAUCUAGUUCAAGAUAGUCCAGUUGAUGAUAGAAAUAGAUUACCAUCACAGUGCGAAUCUAGUGUUGUUCUUCAAGAGCCAGACGUUAUAGCUAGCACAAAAACUAAUGGAAAAAUUGUAGAUAGCAAUCAUCAGGAUUCUGUACCCGUUGCUCCACCAAGAAAAAAGAAAAAGUGUAAAGCUCAUACACCAACUGAUCUUGCUCCUCCGAAUGAAGACGGGCUUGUACUUGCAUCAUCAUCACUGCCGAGUCCAGCAAGUACAAUAGAGUCAAUAACGCGUGAAUUUGAACAUUCAUUGGACAUAAGGUCAGCAACCAAAGGUCAAUACGUCGUAAAGCCUCAGGCAAGUUCUUCAAGUAAUCUCGUGCUUUACCUAAGGAAUAAUAAAAUUCCAGUUCACUUCGAGUUGUAUAACACUAUGAGAGGAUUUUAUACCCAUCAAUAUCGGGAUGAGGAUAAAUCAAAAGCUGAAGGUCCAUCAAAAGAGGAACUGGAACGAUUAGAAAAAAUGAAAGCUGAACUGUUGAGCUUACAGUCAAGUGAUAAAUCAAAUAGCCCGAUGGGUUCUAUAUCGAGUAACAGUAUUGGACGAUAUUCUCUUGGGCAAAACAGGAUAGUUGCUAAUAAUUGUGGAUCUCGUGAAAGACGUAAAUCCGCAGGAGAUCAAGAUAUGGUGAAACAGCUUAAUAUGUUUGUGAGGACAAGGACAGAUUCAGGCAAACGGCUUACUGAUAUGGAAAUAUUAGAACAAGUAACAGUAUUAAAUUUGGAUACUGGAGAGCGUGUUCCAUUAAGUAUUGCUGAAGACAAACUUCCACAAUGUAUGAACCCUUUGUCCUUACACAUAAUGCGAUUAACAUCUGAAUACGUGAGUAAUUCCAGUCUUGAAAAAGAAAAAGAAAGUGACGAAGAGAGUGUAGAUAGCAAAAUGUCGUCAAUUCCACCUGGUGAGGAUGUACCAGUAGGUCGUGUACGCAAAAAAACUCAAAAAUUAAAACGCUUUUUGGGCUCAACUGUAAAAAAAACAAUGGACAAAGCUAAAUCUAUAGCACAAGAAGUAUCUCAUGCUCGGCAUAAAGAAGAUGUGAUGGAUAUAGUUGACGAUGUUUAUCCUGGAGAACCACAAUUUAUAAAACUAAAAGCGUCAAAUAGUCACAAAGGACCUUAUGAAUUUUCGUGUCUUCAACAUGUUCAAGAUCUUAGUGGUGAACACGUGGGUCCGGUUUGGUGUAUGAAAUUUUCAGCAUGCGGACGACUACUAGCAACUGCUGGACAAGAUCGUGUUUUAAGAAUCUGGGUGUUACGAGAUGCUUUUACGUAUUUUCAAGAUAUGCGAACCAAGUAUAAUGCAGAAAAGGUAAGCCCGACUCCAUCACAAGAAUCUCUAGUCUCACAACAGUCAAUGGAGGAUCCUAAUGUCAUCGCUUGUGCAUUAAGCGAGAUUGAAGGAACUAAAAGUCCUUUUAUGCCUAAACCUUUCUGUACAUAUACCGGUCAUACGUCAGAUCUCCUAGAUGUAUCAUGGUCUAAAAAUUACUUUGUAUUGUCAUCAUCAAUGGAUAAAACCGUCAGAUUGUGGCACAUUUCGCGCAAAGAGUGUUUAUGCUGUUUUCAACAUAUUGACUUUGUAACUGCGAUUGUUUUCCAUCCGCGUGAUGACAGGUAUUUUUUAUCUGGAUCUCUCGAUGGUAAAUUACGGCUCUGGAACAUUCCAGAUAAGAAAGUAGCAGUUUGGAAUGAAGUUGAUGGGCAGACUAAGUUAAUAACAGCUGCUAAUUUUUGUCAAAACGGUAAAUUUGCUGUUGUUGGAUCGUACGAUGGUCGUUGUAUAUUUUAUAAUACCGAUCAGUUGAAAUAUCAUACUCAAAUAGAUGUUAGAUCGACGAGAGGAAAAAAUUCUCGAGGAAGAAAGAUUAGUGGUAUUGAACCGAUGCCAGGUGAAGAUAAAAUUUUAGUUACUUCUAAUGACUCGCGGAUUCGGUUAUAUGACUUGAGAGAUUUGAAUCUAUCCUGUAAGUAUAAAGGAUACGUUAAUGUUAGCAGUCAAAUCAAAGCAAGCUUUAGCCCAGACGGACAAUACAUUGUGGCGGGAUCGGAAAAUCAAUGUAUUUACAUUUGGAAGACUCAUCAUGAUUAUUCAAAGUUUUCAAGUGUUCGACGAGAUCGUAAUGAUUUUUGGGAAGGUAUUAAGGCUCAUAAUGCAGUUGUUACUUGUGCUGUUUUUGCGCCAAAUCCUGAUAGUAUAAUUCGGCAAAUUGAAGCGCGAGAACAGUGGGAAGGACGAGAGGACAAUAAAAAUGACUCGAAAGCAACAGCUAAUCCUGUUGAUCCUGUCGUAGAACAAAGGACAAAGGGAUGCGGUGGACAUGUUUUAGUUAGCGCUGAUUUCAACGGAUGCAUCAAAGUGUUUCUUAAUAAAACUAAACCAAAGCAUAGUUCUCUACCUGCUUCAGCACUUGUGUAAAAUUAUAUAUAUUUUUCAAGUUUUAAAAUAUGCAUAUAAAAAAAUGCACACUUUGGCUGCUGAUUUUAUUUCAAAUGAUUUAUUUAUUUUUUUAAAUCACAGAUGGAACGUGUUGAAGAAAUUUAAACACAAUGAAAAUAUGAUUAAAAAUGAUAUAGUUAACACUUUUUUGCAAUUAAUACAAUAGUAAAGAAAUUAAUUAAACAACAAAGUCACUUUUUAAUUGUUAAUCAACCAUUUUUUUAAUCAUGAAUUAAAUGAAAUGUGCAACAAUAUAUUAAAAAAAAGUGUGAAUGUUAAUUGUACAUAUAUAUUUAGUGUCAUUAAAUAAAUGUUUAUUAUACAUUGUAUGAUUCGUUAUGAUACAAGUGGCAGGUACUAGAUUUAAAGAAUAUCUUAGAUUGACAAAUAAGAUAAAAUGAUAUGAUGACUUAGAUCAUGAGAAUAAUAAAUAAUAAGAUGAAAAUUAA